AUGCCGCAACUCCUGGACCUGCCAAAUGAAAUCUUAUAUCACCUUGCAGGCUAUUUAGCCCGAGAGUUAGAUAUCAGUUCCAUGGCUAGAACGAACGGUCAAUGCCACGACUUGUUCAACACGUUCUUGUAUCAUUCCAAUGCCAUGCAUGAACAGAUCGUUGGAGGGAUUCUUCUAUCCCAAGAAGGAGUCAAUCCGAAUCUUCAGUGCCGGAGUGAAAAGGAUGUACUUUGCAUGUCACUCCUAUCAAGAGCGGCCCGAGCAGGACAUGCGGAUAUAGUUAUUAUGCUACUGUCGACAAAAGGUAUUGAUCCAAACCUAGGCGAUACCAUGGGGCGAUCACCGGUUGUUCACGCUGCGUUCGGUGGCCAGGAUGCUGUGGUAAAACAGAUACUUGACACACCAGGAGUGGAUCCCAGCUUCAAAGACCUGCAUGGCCGGACACCACUAUCCUGGACGGUGGUAGAUACUGAUGGUAUGCUCAAAAAAGGAUGGACCGCCCUGAUGUUUUCACUACUACUUGAGAUGCCGCAUAUUGACAUAGACCACCAAAUCGAGAAUGGAAAGACAGAUUUGCAUUUUGCAGCCCGCCAUGGUUCGGAGGACAUUGAGCGUCUUCUACUUGCAAGAGGAGCCAAUCCUGAUCCCAAGGAUCGCCAUAAUAGAUCGCCGCUCUAUCUAUCUGCGCAUUUUGGUCAUCUAGGUGUCGUCAAGCUGCUGCAUGAAGCAGGAGCCGACCUGGACAGUGUCACUAGUGGUGGAGGUACUCCACUCAUUACAGCCUCAAGCUGCGGGUUUUCCGAUAUGGUUUUAUUUCUGUUGGAGACAGGAAGGGUGGCCCUAGGACGCCAAGAGGAGGAUAUGGAGCGGAAUUCUUUCUCUUUCGCUGCGCAGGGUGGAUAUCUGGAGAUUGUCCAAAAGCUGAUACAAUACGGUGAAGUUACCAAUACAAAAGAUUACAAGGGGAGAACACCACUGUCAUAUGCGGUGGAGUAUGGGAACAUUGAAAUAGCCAGGGUGCUACUCCUGAACUCGUCUCCAGUUGAUUGCGAGGGAAUGGAUGCUGACGGUGAAACGCUACUUUCCCGUGCCUCUCGGCACUGCGAUCUAGACAUUUCGGACCUGCUGGCAUCAGUCACGGCAUCUGAUCUACAACUGUAG